AUGGGUGACGAGGAGGUUGCCGCGUUGGUGGUGGACAACGGCAGCGGCAUGUGCAAGGCUGGCUUCGCGGGCGACGACGCUCCGCGCGCGGUCUUCCCCUCCAUCGUGGGCCGCCCCAAGAUGCCGGGCAUCAUGGUGGGCAUGGACCAGAAGGAUUCCUACGUCGGCGAUGAGGCCCAGUCCAAGCGAGGUGUGCUGACCCUGAAGUACCCAAUUGAGCACGGCAUCGUCACCAACUGGGAUGACAUGGAGAAGAUUUGGCACCACACCUUCUACAACGAGCUGCGAGUCGCACCGGAGGAGCACCCGGUGCUUCUGACAGAGGCCCCCCUGAACCCCAAGGCUAACCGCGAGCGUAUGACGCAGAUCAUGUUCGAGACCUUCAACGUCCCGGCCAUGUAUGUGGCAAUCCAGGCGGUCCUGUCGCUGUAUGCCUCCGGCCGAACCACCGGCAUCGUCAUGGACAGUGGCGAUGGCGUGUCGCACACCGGCUACGCCCUGCCCCACGCCAUCCUCCGACUGGAUUUGGCCGGCCGUGACCUCACGGAGUACAUGAUGAAGAUCCUGACCGAGCGCGGCUACUCCUUCACCACCACGGCGGAGCGUGAGAUUGUCCGCGACGUCAAGGAGAAGCUGUGCUACAUCGCGCUGGACUUCGACAGCGAGAUGAAGGCAGCCAGCGAGAGCAGCGACAAGGAGAAGACCUACGAGCUGCCCGACGGAAACAUCAUCACCGUGGGCGCCGAGCGCUUCCGAUGCCCGGAGGUCCUUUUCCAGCCCAGCUUUGUGGGCAAGGAGGCUAGCGGCAUCCACGACACCACCUUCCAGUCCAUCAUGAAGUGCGAUGUGGACAUCCGAAAGGACCUCUACUCCAACGUGGUGCUGUCCGGUGGCACCACCAUGUUCCAGGGCAUCGGCGAGCGUAUGACCAAGGAGCUGACUGCGUUG